AUGUCAACGAUGAAAGGUGUAGGAAGAAAUAUACCUUAUCUCCAACAGCAAUUUGCUGCACUUCUUGGUAACACAAGUACUAGUGUCAAGUUUAUAUGUAUUGUGAUGAUAUUAUCGUAUUGUCUCUCUUUUAUGGAGCAGGCAAUCAUCACUUUAAGUGUAACACCAGGUUACUUAUUGCCUCCAUCAUUUUGGAUAUGGACGGCGUUUACUUUUUGUUUUCUGGAAAUACAUUUCUGGGAAGUGUGUGUAGACAUUAUAACAGUUGGACUUUGUGGCAAACUCAUUGAACCCCUAUGGGGUGCGAUGGAAAUGAUGACCUUUUUUGCAGUUGUCAAUGUUGGUGUUGGAAUAUUAUCAGCAUUAUAUUAUUUAUUUCUCUAUAUGUGUACUAGUGAUACGGACUUUUUAUUUGAUAUCCAUAUUCAUGGAUUAACAGGUUAUAUAGCGGGUGUUAGCGUUGCUGUUAAACAAAUAAUGCCAGAUCAUAUUUUGUUGAAGAGUCCAAUUGGUAAAAUAAUGAAUAGAAACAUUCCCCUAAUGGUGUGGCUAGUUAGUUUGAUAUUGUGGAUCGUAGGAUUAUUAGAAGGUACACAUCCGACAAUGUUUUUAAAUGGUCUCAUUAUAUCUUGGAUGUAUUUGAGAUUUUAUCAAAGACAUACUAAUGGAACUAAGGGAGAUAUGGCUGAUAAUUUUACUUUUGCAAGUUUUUUCCCCAAUGUUUUACAACCACCGAUUGCCGUAGUCAGUAAUACUGUACAUAACUUUUUUGUUCGUAUUGGAAUUUGUAAAAAAAUUGUUAGACGAUUUGAUAUGUCCAAUGCACCACCAGGUUUGGUUAUGAAUCUGCCGGGAAUCGAUCCUCAGGAUAGUGAAAGGCGACGGCAAAUCGCACUAAAGGCAUUAAGUGAGCGUUUAAGCAAAGAUCAUGCAAGACCGUGGCAGCAAGAUAGAAAUAAAAAAAAUAUUCCUCCUCUAGCUACUGUUUCAAUAUCUAUUCCAGAGUCUACUACACCAAAACCUCUGGUAUCUCCUCUUAUUCCACCAUUAAAUACUAAUAUUCACAAUCAAAGACUAUCAAAUACGUGA